GUUUCCGGCGGAGGGGGAGCGAUGGUGCACUCGGCGCUGCUCGGGUUCGGGCUGCGGUCGCUGCGCGGCCGGGGAGGGGGUGCGGCCGGUCUCGGGCUCGGGGCCGGGCUCGGGCUCGGGCUCGGGCUCGGCUCCCGCCGCGGCCUGGCCAUGGACGAGCUGCUGCGGCGCACGGUGGCGGCUCCCACGUCGGCCUCCGAGACCAGGGACAGUCCGGGGUGGGCCGCCGAGGGCCAGGCCCGGGCCGGGGACUUCGUGACCUUCUACCGCGGCCUGGAGGCCGCCCGCAGGCCGGCGCUGCUGAGCCGCCUGGCCGCCGGCUACGGCGUGGAGCACGGGCGGGUGGCCGAGCUGGCCCGCCGGGUGGCCGACUGGCCGGGCGGGGAGGCGGGGGCUUUGGUCCAGGCCGAGGACCGGCUCCGACACGCGCUGAGCCCGCGCUACCGGGGCCUGGUCCGGCACGUCAGCCGCCUGGAGGCCGGCGUCAAGUUCCUGGUGGACAUGAGAGCGGACAUCCUGCGGCACGUGGCCUCCGGGGCCUCGGACGGCCCUCACCUCAGGGAAAUGAAUGGGAUGUUGAAGAGUUUGUUCUCAGAAUGGUUUUCCGUAGGAUUUUUGAACCUGGAACGCGUCACCUGGCAAUCCUCUUGCGAACUUCUGCAGAAAAUUAGCGAGUAUGAGGCAGUGCAUCCUGUCAGGAACUGGACAGAUAUUAAACGCCGAGUCGGACCUUACAGAAGAUGCUUUGUUUUCACCCAUAGUGCAAUGCCAGGAGAGCCUUUGGUUGUUCUGCAUGUGGCACUAACUGAUCACAUUUCUAGCAAUAUACAGGCUAUUGUCCGAGAAGUUCCCUCCCCAGAGAUGACAGAGGACCCUAAAAAGAUCACCACAGCUAUUUUCUACUCCAUCAGCUCGACCCAGCAAGGACUGCAGGGGGUGGAGCUCGGAAAUUAUCUCAUCAAACGCGUGGUCAAAGAACUUCAGGGGGAAUUUCCCGGCAUGAGACAGUUCUCCAGUUUGUCGCCUAUUCCAGGUUUCACAAAGUGGCUGCUCGGCAUCCUCAACCAGCAAAUAAAGGAAGGGGAACUGAACAAAAUCUUUACAAAAACAGAGUACAAAGAAAUCCAGGACCUGGUCGGAAUACCUGUGUUAGAAACGCUUAAACAACUCCUCACCACCAACGAGUGGACGAGAUCCGACAAGCUAGUGAGGGCUCUCGAGCUGCCGCUCAUGAGAAUCUGCGGCUGGUACUUGUACGGAGAAAAGCAUCGCGGGGCUGCCCUCAAUCCCGUGGCCAACUUCCACCUGCAGAACGGGGCCGUGAUGUGGCGAUUGAACUGGAUGGCCAACACUAGCGCUCGAGGAAUCUCCUUGUCUUCCGGGAUGAUGGCAAACUAUCGCUACUUUCUGGAGAAUACCAAGGACAACAGCACCCAGUACUUGAGGACAAAGCACAUAGAGGCAUCCGAGCAGAUUCUGAGUCUCGUAUCACAGUUUCAGAAAUUCAGUAAACUUUAGAUCGACGUAUAUAUUCGGACACACGCACGCACACGCUAGUAAUUUAAUUGGUAUUUAUUGCAGUUUAAAUCAAAUCAAAAUAAUUGUUCUUCAUAAUUUUUACCUUCAGAUAGAAAUUUGUGCUGUCGAGCAGAUUAUUUUUUGUGCCAACUGUAUGAAUGGAUUUUUUUUUAAAAAUGCUGUGUAACUCUUAAUGCAUAUGGAGGCUAAAAUAAAAGUGAGGUGCAUCUGU